AAAUGCUACUUACUUCUUUCUACAGAUUCUGGUGACUUGAUGUUAAGAAUUUACAGAGCUGAGUCAUAUGCUGGCCUCCGAGAGUAUAAAGCAGCCAUAGAAGAUCUAAAUUUUGUUAUUUCUAAAAUGCCAAAUUGGCCAGAGGUCUACUUCCAAAAAGGAAAAGUGCUGCGUGAAUCUGGCUUUGUAGCUGAUGCCUUACAAUUAUUUCUACAAUGCUUAGCCCUUGAUGAGGAUUUUCUUCCAGCCAAGCUAGAAGUAGAGAAGACUUUGCGUGAUGUGCUGUCACCAGAAAAUUUAGGAGAGCGCCUGAAGGAAUCUGCUUGGAAUUCACCACAUGUUCGAAAUAAACCUUUUAUACUUGGUUCCGAAAUGACUGAGUCUUGCUGCAAUUUACAACUUUGUCGUGAGCAGAGUUUAGGAGAAUCAGCAAUACUGCAGCCUAUCAGUGGAAGCCUAAAUCGUGCACAAUCUGCCCAUGCUCUUAACUCAGCAAAAGACCUUUCCAGAGAAGAUGGUUUAAAGAGAGUGUCUUCUGAACCCUUUCUCUGUGGUCAAGAAAAAGGUGCUUUGUUGAAAAGAAAGCUUUCCUUUUCAGAGCAAGAUACAGUUGUAUUUGAAGAUGGAAGAAAUAAACACAAAAAGCAAGGAGAAAACACAAAAAGGGACACAACACUGGCUUAUGGAGCCAUUCCAGGAAAUUUGAUUGAUGUGUCAGAUUUUGAGUGCUCUUUGUGCAUGAGGCUGUUCUUUGAGCCAGUGACAACCCCUUGUGGACAUACCUUUUGCAAAGGCUGCUUGGAACGGUGUUUAGACCAUGCUCCGCAGUGUCCCCUCUGCAAGGAGAGUUUGAAGGAGUACUUGGCAAGCAGGAGAUACUGUAUCACAGAACUGCUAGAAGAAUUAAUAAUGAAAUACCUGUCUGAUGAGUUAUGCGAGAGAAAAAGAAUUCAUGAGGAAGAAACUGCUGAGCACUCAAACUUGACCAAGAAUGUUCCAAUGUUUGUUUGCACUAUGGCAUAUCCUACUGUGCCUUGCCCUCUACAUGUGUUUGAGCCACGAUACCGGCUGAUGAUUCGCAGGAGUAUGGAAACUGGGACUAAGCAGUUUGGGAUGUGCAUAAGUGAUUCUCAGAAUGGUUUUGCAGAUUACGGGUGUAUGCUGCAAAUUAGGCAUGUUCAUUUUCUACCUGAUGGACGAUCCGUUGUUGAUACAGUUGGUGGAAAGAGAUUUAGAGUUUUACGAAGAGGGAUGAAAGAUGGUUAUUGCACUGCAGACAUUGAAUAUUUGGAAGAUGUUAAGGUUGCUAAUGAAGAAGAGCUAAAGAAACUGAGAGAACUUCACAAUUUUGUUUACAAUCAGGCUUGUAGUUGGUUCCAAAACUUAAGAAACAAAUUCCGCACUCAAAUUCUUCAACAUUUUGGGCCAAUGCCUGAUAGGGAAGAAAAUAUACAGGCAAUGCCCAAUGGUCCUGCUUGGUGUUGGUGGCUUCUAGCUGUUCUCCCGGUAGAUCCCAGAUACCAGCUCUCAGUUCUCUCUAUGAUGUCUUUAAAAGACCGUCUGAUAAAAAUCCAGCAUAUACUCACGUAUUUUUCUAGAGACCAGUCCAAAUGAUUAACCGCCCGAGUCUUCCUGAGAAGCUCUUCUCUUCUGGUUGUAGUAGCAGCUGGAAUUUUUGCUGCCUUUGCACAUCUAGCGCUGGUUUGAGGCGUGUAACAUGGAUCUGCUUCUCCCUUGCCCCCAACUUCCUGAACCACUUGGUUCCCUGAAUGCACUUCAACUACGAGAGGAGACCACUGAGAAUUGCACAAAGUCAAUCCAGCCAGAUAUGUUUUUCACAUUAUCUAUGUUACAAUUUGCACUAUGUAGAAGAAAACAUUUUGAGACUUGAUGAUUUUAGCCACUGACUUUUUAAAGCUGUGGGAAGUGCAGGACUUAAGGCUGACAGCCCAAGUUUACAACACUGAAGAGGUAUUAAAGGUUUUGCAAAUAACUUUGCCUCGUACAAUUGUUCUGUUGCUAUUUGCACAAUUGAAACAUAGUAUUGAAUGUCACUGUUGGAUAUUACUGCUCAUGUUGAAUUGUAUUGACCAUGAAGAUGGCACAGGUUUUUUAAGUUAUCUUGUAAAUGUAUGUUAUCACAAAGCAGGUGACACUUUAAACUGUGUGCUGAACUGAGAGCCAAUUGUAAGGAACAGAUGCAAAAAAAAAAAAAACAAACACAAAAAAAGGAACUUCUGUC